AACCAACUCUAGGUUGGCUGUAAACAUUGAUGCUGAAGAUAACUAAUGAGACUGAGUUUGUUUGUGUCUCCUCUCUGCUGUAAUAAUCAUUUCAUCCAUGGACAGGAGAUACAAAGAGAUGUUGAAGACAGAAGUCACUGUUCUGUUGCUGUUGGUACUAUUUGAGUCUUUAAUGACUCAAACCAACAAUUGUGGAGAUGCAAAAGGCUGCGAAGCAAACCAGUUUGUUUUUGGUCCAUCUACAACGAGAAUCCCAAGCUCUUUGAGACCUGGCGUAACAGAAGUUUUCUUUGUGGAAAGCCAGAUUAGAACAAUUCCUGAUGAAGCCUUUUCUAAUCUCACCUUUCUAACAAAGGUGGAGUUUAUAAACACCAAAACGUCCUCAAUUGAGCCAGAAGCUUUUGCAGGUCUGGUAAACCUGGUGCACCUCGAGAUCUCCAACAAUCCACUGAUGUCACUUCCUGUGGGAGUGUUUAGAGACCUUUCCAACCUGGAGAAGACUUUGCUGAUGAUGAAUAAGCUGCGUCGUCUGGAUAAAGGCUUAUUUGAUGGCUUAAAAAAGGUAACACACCUCAUGCUUCACGGGAAUGAGAUCCAAAUGAUUGAGGAUGGGGUCUUUGAUGAUCUUGAGAGCCUCACACUCCUCCAUUUAGCUAAAAACAAUCUCUCUGCUGUGUCUACUGACUGGUUUUCAAAGAUGAACAAACUGCAGACCUUGAGGCUCUAUGAGAAUCAGCUCACAACCAUUCCUGAAGACAUCUUUCAGAAUUUGCCAAAUUUGAGGGAAAUUGGCUUGCAUGGCAACAAAAUUGUGGAACUGCCACCAAAUUUACUGCCACAUAAAGGUAAACUCCAGAAGCUUUAUUUGGAAAGUAAUCUCCUGACUCAUCUGCCUGAAGGGUUUUUUGUUGGCUUCCCACAGCUUAAAACACUGACACUGCACAAGAAUAAACUAACUAGUCUACCUGCAGUGCUUUUUGGAGAUCUGCCCAAACUAACACAAUUAAGUUUCAGCCAAAACAACCUUAGCUCUCUUCCUAAAGGGAUACUCAGCCCUCUGAAGGCGCUAACAAAACUGGAUCUAUCAAAAAAUCAAUUUGCAACACUGCAUUCUGAGUAUUUUGAAGGUGCUGAGAAACUCAAGGACCUGAAUCUACAGAACAACAUGAUUGAUUCACUGGAUGAAAAUAUGUUUGAAAAGCUACAAUCGCUGAUAACACUGAAGCUAGCUCAUAACAACCUGCAGACGCUCCCUGGGGACAUUUUUCAGCCUCUGAUCAAAUUAAAGAAGGUUUAUCUUAAUGAAAACCCCUGGCACUGUGACUGUAAUCUGAUUGAUCUACACCUCUGGAUGAAGCAAAACCCUGAAAAGGUUGGGGAUCCUGUGUUGUGUGAGCAUCCUGAAAAUCUAAAAGGACAGGAAAUGAGCUCAUUGACAGAGGAGCAAUUUAUUUGCCUCACCACGAUCAUUCCUCUAACAACAACCAUCACAACAACUCCCAUGAUUACAACAACACUCCCAACGACGGCCCUGAAGACCACCAUUCUUACCACUACAACACCAACCACCACUUUGCCAACUACAACACCAACCACUACCACAGUGAGUACCACACUCCCAACUACUGACCUAACAACCACCAUUGCCACUACAACACUUCCAACUACAACCCCAACCACCACGAUGCCAACAACCACAACCAUGCCACCUACAACUACCACAGUACCAAGUACCACCACCACACCACCUACAACCACCCGUCUGCCAACAACCACAGCUUUGCCACCUACAACCGCAACCACUACCACAGUGCACACAACGCUCCCAAUUACUGAGCUAACAACCACCAUUGCCACUACAACACUUCCUACUACAACCCCAACCACCACGAUUACCACCACCACCCCACCUACAACCACCCAUCUGCCAACAACCUCAACCAUGCCACCUACAACCACAACCACUACCACAGUGAGCACGACACUCCCAACUACUGACCUAACAACCACCAUUACCACUACAACACUUCCUACUACAACCCAAACCACCACGCUGCCAACAACCACAACUGCCUUGACUACAACACUCUCAACCACUGAGCUAACAACCACAGCCCCUACCACUACAGCACCUCCCCCUGCAACUCCAACCACCACUACACGUCCUACAACAACCACCAUCCUUACAACUACCACAACAUUGCCAACCACUUUACCAGCUACAACCACCACUGUCUCCACCACUACACCAAUACCAACAACCACAACCAUGCUGACAUCAUCUGCACCAACAACCAUCAAAAUUACAACAGCCAAAAUAACGACAGUUGAACUCACAACAAUGAUGGUAACAACCACACUAACCACCACAAUGACAACUGCACCCACCACUACUAAUGCUGUAACGACUUUACCCACAACCUGUGUAACAACAACCAUGACAACAACUUCUAAAACCACAACCACCCCCCUGAGGACCACCCAGCCAACCACCCACACAAUGACUCUGCCUCAACAAACUACACCACUGAUCUUUGCCUGUCCGAUGGAUCCACCCAGCCAGAAGCCACCAGUGCCCUUCACAAGUUCAUACAGGAAUAAAGUUCAGCAGUGCAAAUCUAAGACGAUGUUCUACACCACCCUACUGGUAGUGGAGGUCAUCUGCACCCUUGUUCUGGCUAAGGUCACCCUGUCUAUGUAUCGUCUGCUGCAGAGCAGAGAGAGGAUGAACCACAGGGUCAAACUCACACGCUUUUCCUACAGGAGGGAGGUCAUCUUGAGGCCACUGAGGGAGACAGAAACUCACAGACUUUAAACAGCAACAGCACUUUAAAUUGAGCUCCUUUUGUUACCUCUGCCAAGGAGGUUAUGUGAUUGGCAGGAUUUGUUAGGUAGUUAGUUUGUUAGUUUGUUAGCAACAUAACUCAAAAAAGUAAAGACGGAUUUUGAUGAAAUUUUCAGGAAAUGUCAGA